UACUAUUUAGGUGGCCGGAUAUCAGCAAAGGGACCAGAAUCAACCUAGAUCUGUUUCUUGAAAUGGUAGAACUGUGCAUCAACAGCAGUUACUUCCGUUUUAGAGACAAGAUUUACCAGCAGACGUUUGGGACGGCUAUGGGCAGCCCCCUAUCACCCAUACUGGCAGAUUACGUCAUGGAAGAUCUGCUCGAAUCAGUCACCAGAAAGCUGCAAUCCACGAUACUGGUCCUGAAGAAAUAUGUGGACGAUCUUUUCCUGGUUCUACCACGAUCAGAGGUUCAAAGAACACUGGACACAUUCAAUGCAUACAACCCACACAUCCAAUUCACUAUCGAGAUGGAAAAGGAUGGCAAACUGCCGUUUCUCGAUACACUAGCAAUCCGCUCCGAUCAUCAGCCCAUCAAGACUCAAUGGUAUUCAAAACCCAUUUCAUCUGGCAGACUCCUGAAUUACCACUCGUUCCACCCGAUGUCAAUGAAGUUGAAUGUGGUAGCCAAUUUCAUCGAACGAGUGAUGCGACUCACCACCGACGAUUCCACCGAGCAACAAAAACAAAAAAUCUUCCAGCUCCUGAGGCUGAACAACUACCCGUCGUCCCUCAUAAACCGAUUAAUCAACCGCAUCCACAACAACACCGCUCAUUCAGCCAACACCGUCCCAUCUAGUGUCAAUGACGAAACGAUUUCCGAUCUUGCGCCACCGCGCACUCAACACCGAACGUCAAUCCUACCACCCACAUCUGUACCACCGAAUUCGCCACCACCUCGCCAUAACACCGCUGCCGCCCCACCAACACCACUUCCACCAUGCCCGCCAACGUCAACAACAGCCCCAAACAUCCUGAUAAACGAUAUUCCAGCACAUCAUCAAACAACCAUCACCUCCGAAGAAGACGAUCAUCAUCAAACCAAUCUAGUCACAUACAGAUCGAUGCCGCACAUCCCCAUGCUCACUAGGACCAUCUCGAACAUCCUGAAAAAAGAGUACAAAAACAUAAGAAUAGCCACACGCAACAUAAAAACAACUAAAUCGCUGCUCAAACCCGUUAAGGACCCAAUACCCCCACACGAUCAAAAUAAUGUAAUUUAUAGCAUUCCAUGCAACGAUUGCAACAAUGUUUACAUCGGAAUGACUACGAAUCAUCUGAAAAAACGAAUAAGUGGUCACAGAUCCGAUAUAAACAGACUUGCCAAUCAACCCUCAGACACCACAGAAGCAAAGACAGCCCUAACCCAACACAUAACCACAGAAAAACACACAUUCAAUCUAGAUGGAACUAAAAUCAUAGAUCGCACUUUACGAUCAACUGCCCUUCCCAUGUUAGAGAUGUGUCACAUCCAAAACACUCCUAACACAGUCAACUACCGAACAGACGUAGAUGGGCUCAACACAACCUAUGUCGGUAUACUCCAUACUAUCAAAACAAACGAUUCCCGUAGGAAGCAAAGAAACGAUAAUGACAACACUACCACAUACAGUUUAGGAUUAGACCAAAUCGACCAGUCGACAUUGUCGUAAAGCUUUUAGCUAUCCAUCCCGCCAUCUUCAAAUUCACCGUUGACCAUUGCUCAGUCUAUCGUCUAGUGUAGUGCAUGUCGUUGAUAAUUACCGUAGUGUCCCAGUGUCCCAAAAUUGUAGAACUAAUGUACAAAAUUGUAAGUCCAAUUCCAUAAGAGCUAUUUCUAUAUGUUAAAAUGAAUGUAAUUGAUAGGUAUACGAGAAGCUCCCUCCUAAAAACCCGGCAACACUUUAUGUA